AUGGCCCCGGUAAGAUCCUCCGCCUCAUGGCUGUCCUCCUUGAUGGCCGUGUGUGCCAUCCUGUGCCUCUCGGUGCCCGCCAACGCCCUCUACUUCUACAUGGACGGCCGCCAAACAAAGUGCUUCUUUGAGGAGCUCCCUAAGGAUACCCUGGUUGUCGGUACCUACUCUACUGCCGUGAUCAACCAACAAUCCAACACCUACAAUGUGGACCCUAACCUCAAGAUGCUCGUCACCGUCGACGAGAUCUUCGACAACGAUCACCGCGUCGUCUCCAAGCGUGACAGCCACUCCGGUCGCUUUACCUUCUCCGCUGCCGACGCCGGCCUGCACAAGAUCUGCGUGACUCCCGAGACCAACGCCGCAACUGGCGGCGGCUGGCUGUCGGGCGCCCCGUCCGGUGCCGUCCAGGUCACUCUGGACAUGGCCAUCGGUGAGACCAGCAAGAUCGAGACGGAAGACAAGGACAAGAUGCAGGAUAUUGUGCAGAAGGUGAAGGAUCUGAACGGCCGCUUGCAGGAUAUUCGUAGGGAGCAGGUGUUCCAGCGGGAACGUGAAGCUGAAUUCCGCGACCAGUCUGAGGCCACCAACUCCCGCGUGGUUCGGUGGACUCUCAUCCAGCUGGCCGUGCUGUCUGUGGCAUGUGCUUGGCAGCUUUCGCAUCUGCGGUCGUUCUUCAUCAAGCAGAAGUUGACAUAA